CAAAAUCACGGUAGACAGCCCCAAAAGCUAAGGGAAGUUACUCCUGUCUACUUGUCUACUGUGAUUUUGGCUCACCGUGUAUCCAUACAUGCACUAAGAUCCUUGGAGGUUAUUUGAAUUUGAACUAUAGCCCCUUUAGUCAUCGAACAUGUCUUGUGUACCUGCGGUUCUGGCUUUAGAAUCUGUGCUAAGAUUGGCUAGAAUCCGAAAGCUGAAACCCAUGAAAGCUCAGCAACACUCCUGGAUUUUAGUGCUGUGUUGACUGUGACAAAAUUAUCUUUCAAGGGCACUUGUCAAGUUUUCACUGGUAAAGAUGGUAAAACUGAUGGAAAGAACAUCUAUACAUAGAUGUAUAAAGUUCUGACACAUUCAGAGAAAAGCAUCUUGUAGAUUGUUAGAGAUGAUAGAAGGGGGCAUAGUGAUGUCCAUACAGACACCAAAUCACCCUCUAUUUCUUACUGGUGAUGCCUUUAAAAAGAGAAUUCAGACUCAAAGCAGAACAAGAUCAAGUUCAGGUACAGUUUUGCAGGUUUCUUCAGCUCUGCUUACAGAUGAGAAUGGAAGCUAUCCAGAACCAGGUACUUCCUUCAUGAGAUGUAAGAGACCUUCUUGCCUUCUAAGCCAACCAAACACUGUUGGUGUUAUAGGUGGUGUAUCAGUACUAUCAACUCUUAUUUUCUUGGAAAAGCUUGCUUAUUGGGGUUCAAGAAAUGGUAAGGAAUGUCCGCCUUUUGUGGUCUGCAGUGAUCCUAUGUUAAGCAAAGUGCUUUCAUCACGCGGUCCCUUUCCUUCUGCAAGGAGCAGAAUGGCUCAUAUCAAACUGAAGCAGGACCAGGUAAUUGAGAAUUUGAAGUACACAAUGAACUUUCUUCAGCAGUCCGGUGCGCGUGGCUUGGCCAUGCCCUGCCAUCUAUCACACGCGUGGCACGGCGAAAUUUCGGAGGAUGGUUCCCUUCCAUUUCUUCAUGUUGGUGACUGUGUGGCCAUGGAACUCAAGAAAGCUAAGCUGAAGCCAAUUCAUGCUACAAAUACUGUGCGGAUUGGACUGCUUACUACAGAUUCCCUUUUUGUAGGUAGUUAUUACCAGGAUAAGCUUCAAAGUCAGGGAUUUGAAGUAGUGUUGCUAGACAAAGAAACUGAGGAACACACACUGGUUCCUGCAGUGGAGGCUUUGUCAAGAAAGGACAUUGAAGGGGCAAGGAACUUACUGAGAAUCGCGAUCCAUGUUCUUUUGGUCAGGGCAGUGAACGUGGUGAUUCUGGCAUCUGAUGAUCUGCUCGGUGUUCUCCCUCACAAUGAUCCUCUUCUCAGGAAAUGCAUAGACCCCAUGGAUGCUUUAGCCAGAUCAACUAUACAUUGGGCAGAAACAACAGCAAAGAGCCUUAACCAUAAUGCGUCAUUCACCAAUAGCAAGAAAGCUGGAAAAUAUUGAGAAUGUCUUGAAUGUCAACCUUCCUCCACAACAAAAGAAGCACUAAAUUUCAGUGUUCAAUCCCCAGUUCUGCAGAAGUAAACAAGCAAUGGGUCCAGAACUGUCCUUGAAUGAAGUAUCAUACCAAACAAGCAAAGAAAUAACAAGACCAACACUAGCCUUGCAUGUUAGAUAGUAGAAGAAUGGUGCAGUACUACCACAAACUUUAGGUAACAUGAGAAUAUGAUCAGUUGUAUGGUAAGCACAGGGACAAAAUGUAACCAGAACAGAAAGCAGAUCUUGUAAUAUUAAUAAGAUCAUUGAUCAUAUAGAA